UGAAGGAUCCAGAGUGAGUGAAGCCGCAGUGUGGCACUGAACUGUUCCUGCGUUCACGCCGGGACUCUUCACGCUCUUCCCUUUCGGAGAGACUGAUCAGCUGAGCCUGAGAGAAUACAGCGCUGCAGAGAAAGCACGGAGAGAGGAGGGAAUUUUCUCCGGGACCUUUACUGUUUGUUGGAAAGCGCUUUUUCAGAGAAUAAUCUGUGUGUAAGAGAGAGAGAGAGAAAGUGCUGGGAAAGAAGUACAGCAGCAGCAGCAGCAGAGUGGAGCUCUGAACUGAGCUCAGCCCCAACAACAGAAGUCUCGCUGUGGAUUUUUACGACUCAAAUGUCUUGCAGGACACGGAGGCUGGGGAUUAAUUUAAGAUCUUGUGUGCUGUGACCUGUGUUUACUCUGAAGUUGCACUGUUGAGCAGACCGAUGCCAGGAAUCAGUGCAAACCUUCCGCCUUGUGACAGGUGGGAGAUGGAGGACUGUGAUCAGUACCAACACUAUUUCUACGAUGACCACAACCUGGACGAGGAUUUCUUCAAGUCCACCGCGCCUAGUGAGGACAUUUGGAAGAAGUUCGAGCUUGUCCCAACCCCGCCCAUGUCUCCCAUCAGGACAGUGGAGGGUGCCAAUGGGGCAGUGUAUCCAUCCCUAGGGGACAAGCUGGAGUGGGUGUCCCAGUUCUUGGGGCAGGACGAAGAGCAUGAGGGACAAUGUAAAGUCAGUGCGGAGAAGACUUUUGGUAACCUGAGCUCCAUCAUUAUCCAGGACUGCAUGUGGAGCAGCUUUUCUGCCAGCCAGCGGCUUGAGAAAGUGGUCAACGAGCGCUUGUCUUGCUCGGGGCAGUCCAAGCUGCCCUUUGCCCUCCAGACUAACUCCAUGCACCCGAGCAAAUCGCAGGUUGUCCCUGCAGAUGCUGCGCCUGUGCUCAACAGCUUGGCCACGGAUUGUGUGGAUCCAGCGGCUGUCCUGACCUUCCCUCUGAGCAGCAGCAGCUGCAAGAAACAGGUGUCGUCUGGGUCAGAGUCACGCAGCGAUUCUUCUGAUGAGGAGGAGAUCGAUGUGGUGACAGUAGAGCACAAGCACAAGUCGCGGCUGGUCAGUUCCCGUAAGCCGGUCACGAUCACCGUGCGUGCUGACCCCUAUGACCCUGGCAUGAAGCGCUUUCACAUCUCUAUUCACCAGCAGCAGCACAACUACGCCGCUCCCUCCCCCGACAGCCAGGUUGAGGUAGAGCCCCCUCGCAAGAAAGUUCGCCAGGAGACUCCCCAACCACGGACAGGUUCCACACUGCACACUCCUGAGAGCAAACCCUACUUGUCUAUUGCUGCUGUUUCCAUGCCAGCACAGGCCAUGCCUGCGUCCCCGCCCCACUCCUCAUCCCACCACAGCCCCAAGUCCCAGCCAUCCAGCCCUCAGAGCUCAGACAGCGAAGACAUGGACAGGCGCAAGAACCACAACUUCCUGGAGCGCAAGAGACGCAACGACCUGCGCUCCCGCUUCCUGGCCUUGAGGGACGAGAUUCCCAGUCUGAUGGACUGUCCGAAGACACCAAAGGUGGUGAUCCUGACCAAAGCGGCGGAGUACUUGCGUGCCCUGCACAUUACUGACAAGCAAAAAGCCCAUGAAAAGAAGCAGCUUAAGAACAGGCAGCAGCAGCUACUUCGAAGGCUAGCAGAACUAAAACGCUCCUAAAGUUAAAAACAAGAUAAAAAAUUGAGAUAUUUAAAAGCAAAGACACCUGUACUUUAUUUUGUAUUAUUGUAAUAUAAAUAUUAUUGAUUUUUUUGUUUUGUUUGUUUAUUUUUGCACAUUUGCUUGUGGGCUUAUGGAGAGGGCGACAUGGAUAUUUGCAGACUAGUCAGUUGGUGUGUUAUAGAUUACAUAAACUUCACUACGUUUCCCAAAGAAGGCCCUGCUGAUUUGUUUAUACCUUACGUAAAAGAGAUGAUUAAAGUGACCCCUUUUUUUUUUUUUUUUUAAACAUAUUAGAACAAUCCUAGUCGGGGACAUUCUGUAACAUUGAGUUAGCAUGCCAGUUCGGCAUUAUUUGAAAUGUAGCAUUUAGCCUGUAUGCACGUGUUGCUGCCCUAAUUAACAGAUUUCAGUGUGAUGGAAUCUGCAAAAAAAAUCAGAUUUCCUAAGCUUAGUAAAACCUAAAACAUGUAAUUGAAUGCCCUGCUGUGCCAUUACUAACAUUUUCUUCAGAUAUUUCAAAGUGAAGUCUGUGGCCCACUGCAAUAUUUUGCCAGGACUAGAUUUUGACAGACAGACAGGGAGUAGCACUGUUGUUAGCCAGCUGUCUGUCUGUUUGUCUGUAAAGAUCACAUAGAAUUCUUUUUUUUUUUUUUCCUCUUCUAUUGGUGCACAUUUUGAGUCGAUGCCUUACACAGCCUUGCAUUGUAUAUAAACUGUGACAUAUUUGUACAUAAUAGCUCUGCUGUAGAUUCAUGUGUAAAAUACAGGUAUAUUAUAUAUGCUUUCUGUUUUAAUACCAAAAUCAAUGCUGUUGAUUUGAUUAACUUUUGUUUCCCCCCCUCCCUCAUAUAUUCUGAAACUUGGUUGGCCCACUUGGCUUACUCUUAUGAGUAUAUCAAAGCUUCUAUUUUUGUUAAGAAAAGUUAAAACAAAAAGGCAUAUAAAAAAAGAAAAUAAAAUGACACUAUCAACUUUACUUUGUAUCACUAGCCACUUUGAUGCUGUUUUCACUGCCUACUCAUUUCAUCUUGUGGAUUUUGUUUUUUAUUUUGCUUUGUUUUGGGUGUGUAAAAUCUAAAAAUAGGUUAGUCAUAAAUGUUAAAGAGACUUUUGUACUCUAUUUUCCUACAGAUUUCAGUAUUUCUUUGUGUAUGCAAUAUUUGCUCUUUUUUGUUUGUUCUUUUUUGUUCCCUCCCCAUUGGUGGCAUAUGCUUUCUUUACCCAUCACUAAUGCUCAUCUAAUGUUAGAAUUACAGUUCAUAAUCCGUUAGCUUGGUGCACCACCUUCACUUGUGUAGAUUUGAGUUUCUCGACUUAAUUGAAUAUAUUCUACCAAAGUAUAUUUGGAAAACCUUUUUAAGGUUUUCGAGGAUAAAUCAAGCCAUGGUACUUGCACCCGGAAUUAGUGUAUAAUCUCAGGUGUUUAAUCAAAUCAGUUCAUUAAUUUAUUAAAUUGGCUUUUUUUUUGUCAUUGAUUCAUAAAGUGCGUUUAUAAAGUGGAAAAUCUUUGUUGUAAGUAACUUUUGGUUUGUUUCCUAGACAGAGAUUAAGCCUAGUCCUAGACUACAUAUCUCCAUUCAUGGUGCUGUAUAGUCCAGUACUAGACCUUAACCCUGUCCAGCAAACCAACAUUAAAUUAUACAAGCAGGACUCAUUAAUGUCUAGUAAAAAAAAAACAGCCCCAGCGAAAUAUGUGGUAGCACUACACUGUAACUCACUCCACUAGACUCCUCCAUUAGCCUUAACUCACUUUCCUCAAUGGUAUAUGCCGCCGUCAGCCUACUACUGUUUUGUUUGUCUUUGUUGUUCCUUUAAGAAAGAAUGUGGUCUGAUUUCUGUCCUGUUCGUCCUCCCCCCAGGUGUUGGACAUUGUUUUGUACAUUAUUUGUCUAGUCCUUUCUUUCAUGCUUGUUUUGCUCUCUCCUGGUGGCCACUGUGGGCACACACUGGGAGUGUGGCAGCAGCAUUAAGCACUUUGUGUUCAGUACCUCAUGAGCCUAUAGAAGUCAGACAAUUAAUAAAUUCAAAUCAAUCAAA